AUGGAUUACGACACAGAGGGCGGCGCAAUAAACGUGCGCUUCCUGCAGGCCGACAACCAGCGCGCCCAGUUCAUCGUGCAAAACUUCAACCUCGAGACCGCCAACUCGCUGCGGCGAGUGAUGCUUGCGGAGAUCCCUACACUUGCCAUCGAUGUCGUCGAGGUCCUCGACAACACCUCUGUGCUCGCCGACGAGUUUGUUUGCCACCGUCUUGGUCUCAUUCCCCUAUCUUCGAGAGGCGUCGACGAUCUGCUAUACUCGCGCGACUGCGACUGCGAAGGCUACUGCGACAACUGUUCAGUCGUUUUGACACUGAACGCAAAAUGCACAGGCAGCGAGAUUAUGAAGGUGUAUGCGCGGGAUCUGGUGAUUGAAAGCAACAGGCCAAACGACGAGGUGGGGCGACCAGUCAUUGUGGAUCCUGAGGGCACAGGGAGCUGCAUCGUGAAGCUGCGGAGAGGGCAGGCUAUUCACAUGCGCUGUAUUGCAAAGAAGGGUAUUGCAAAGGAACACGCAAAAUGGGCGCCAUCUUCGGCGAUAGGCUUCGAGUACGACCCGGCGAACAAGCUGCAUCACCUGGACUACUGGCAUGAAGAGGAUGCGGAUGCUGAGUGGCCCAAAGAUCAAGACCGCAUCAACCUCGACGGCGGCCCAGCCAACCCCGACGAACCCUUCAACUACAACGCAGUCCCAAACCGCUUCUUCUACGACGUCGAGACAGUAGGCGGCCUAGACCCAGAUCAGAUUGUCACAAGAGGCAUCUCAACACUACAGACGAAACUGGCGGAGGUCAUUCGCGAGCUGUCUGGAGGCGCAGGACCAGAUGGUGCAGGCUUCGAGGGCGCGCAAAGCCCAACGAUGAACGGAGGCUAUAGCGGUGGACCGGAGGCCGGAUACACAACACCUGGUUACGGCGGCGCGAGUCAGUGGGGAGGCGCAGGCGGUGCGCAGGGCGGCACGACACCUUACGGUGCGACGCCUUAUGGAGGGUCAGGCUGGUAG